CAGAAAACACACACACCCAAAAGAACAUCAGAGUCUUGUUAAGAAAUACUAUACAAACUUCAUAUCAUGGGUAGUAGCAGUAUAGAUGUGAAACCAGCUGAAACACAAGAAGUUAGCAUCAAAGAUGAAGCUCAAUUGUGGAAUAUGAUCUAUGGUUUUGCUGAUUCUCUUGUUGUUCGCUGCGCAGUAGAGCUUAGCAUUCCAGAUAUUAUCAAAAACAAUAAUGGGUCCAUCACACUUGCACAACUUUCAUCGAAACUCCCAAUUCCAAAUGUCAAUUCGGAUCACUUGUACAGAAUUAUAAGAUAUUUAAUAAACCUGAAUAUCUUACAACAAGAAAUUUGUCGUAAUGUUAAGGUCUACUCACUUAAAUCAGUUGGUACUUUACUUUCAAGAGAUGCAGAAAGAAGUAUGGUGCCAAUAUUAUUAGGCAAUACACAGAAAGAUUUCUUGGUUCCAUGGCAUUUCGUGAAAGAAGGUUUAGUAAAUGGAAGUACAACAGCAUUUGAGAAAGGAAUGGGUAUGGAUAUAUGGAAGUAUUUAGAAGGUAAUCCAGAUCAAAGUCAGUUGUUUAACGAAGGAAUGGCUGGAGAAACAAGUCUUUUAACUAAAACUCUAAUCGAAGAUUGUAGAGAUACUUUCCAAAAUUUGGAUUCUCUAGUCGAUAUUGGUGGAGGAAAUGGUACAACAAUUAAGGCAAUCUAUGAAGCUUUUCCUCAUAUCAAAUGUACGCUUUAUGAUCUUCCUCAUGUUAUUUCUAACUCAACUGAUCACCCGAAUAUCGUAAAAAUACCCGGUGAUAUGUUCAAGUCUGUUCCCAGUGCUCAAGCUAUCUUACUCAAGUUGAUCUUGCAUGACUGGACUGAUGAACAAUGUGUCAACAUUCUAAUGAGGUGUAAAGAAGCAAUACAUCAAGAAACAGGGAAAGUGAUCAUAGUAGAUGUAGCCCUUGAAGAAGAAUCUGAACAUGAACUUACAAAGACAAGAUUGAUUCUUGAUAUUGAUAUGAUGGUGAACACCGGUGGUAGAGACAGGACUGCAGAAGAUUGGGAAAAUUUGCUCAAACGCGCAGGCUUUCGGUCUCAUAAGAUCAGACCGAUUCGCGCUAUUCAGUCUGUCAUUGAAGCCUUCCCAUAGUAAAUGCUCUAAGGAGUACUUUGCUCUUUCUCUGGGAUGCGUACGAUUAUGAACUAUAAGUCAUCUUCACUUGAUGAGUGUUUCCCUAUUUCCUUCGAUUGUUUCUUUUCCCUAGUGAUAAGCAUGUUUCCCUAUUUCCUUUUUUUUGUUUUUUUUCUUUUCUUUUCUCUUGUGAUAAGCUCCUGUCAAAGUUGGCUUAUCAUACGCGUGCUGUUAUUUUCUUUCUCCAGUCAUUAGGCUGUUGUUUCUGUUCCUAUUGUAAUUGGAAAUCAUAUUCGGCUGUGCACAGCUUGGAACACCCUAAACCAGGCCACUACGUUGUUGU